AUGAGCGGACUCAAGCACUGGCUGUCCACCUGGCGGCCGUACGACGUCGCCAACACCCUCGCCGCCGCCACGGUCGGCGCCACUCUCUACGCCAGGCAGCAUGAGAUGCUGAACGACCCAUUUGUGGACGCGACCAAUGCAACGCUCAAGCCAGCGAUCACGGAGGCUUGGAGCGCUGACCCGGGCGAGAUGGCCGCUGCGGCGUUUGAGUUCUGGCUGUUUGUGUUUGCGAUGGGAAGCUCGCCUGUCGCAUGGCUCAUCACCGCUGGUUUCCAGUCCGUCACGCCGGCCAUGUGGGCCGAGUUCCUGCCCUGGGUCGUCGUCACCUUUGGCUCCCUCUUCAAGGGCCUCUCCGUCAUUGCUUGCGCCGCCUUCGCCGGGACGUAUUGGAUCCACGGCCUGCUGAUGCUGCCGCUCGACCUGUACGCGACACCAGACGCGCUAGAGAAGUUGAUGGUCGUCAAGGUGCAAUCGAAGAAGCGUGUCGACCCGAGCAAGCUUCCAAAGGCGGUGCUCAACAUGAUGGGCAAUCUUGUUUUUGUCGCCUUUCCCAUCGUCACCGGCCUCGUCUACGGCUCUCUCAACUCUGACCAUUUCCUGCGCGUCGACGAGACGCUGCCGUCGCACAAGGAGCGCUGCCUCUGCCUCGCAUCGGUCAUCAUUGGCAACGAGAUCCUCUUCUUCUACUCGCACUGGGCGCUGCACACAAAGACGCUCUAUGCGCGCAUUCAUAAGGCGCCGCACCGUCCCGCCGAGCAGAAGCACCACGAGUUCACCUCGCCCAUCGCGCUCGUCGCAAUCUACUGCCACCCGAUCGAGUUUGUGCUCUCCGACAUCGUGCCGCUCGGCGCCGGGCUGAUCGUGGCGCACGCGCACGCCUUCUUUGCGCUCAUGUGGAUCGUCACGGCCGUCAUCGGCACGCAGGUCCACCACUCGGGCUUCCGGCUGCCGUGGCACUUCAAUCCGGACGAGCAGCCCGACUUCCACGACUUCCACCACGAGAAGUUCAAGUGCAACUAUGGCCACCUCGGCAUCCUCGACGCAGUGCACGGCACCUCGAAGAUGUGGCUCGACCACUGCGCCAAGCUCCAGGCCGAAAAGAAGGCCAAGCUCCAGUGA